AUGAUGCUCUCAAGCAGGUUGAUCAAGCGUUACGUUCCAAUUCAAGCUAUUCCUACCUUUCAAUAUCGCACAAAGUCGACGAGUACAAAUCAUUUAGUGUCUCUCGAUAAAGUUAACCCUAAGAGAGAAGACAAAGUUUUGGAUUAUAAAAAAAUCAAGUCCAUUGCAUCAUCUUCAUCUACAUCCUUGGGUUAUAGCAAGUAUUUGAAAGAAUCUGGGAAACUACAACGUCAUCAAUCAAAAUUAUCAGUCACAAAUACCAGUCAUGACAAAAAUCAUAUUAAAGAGUUUCAUGAAGCUCUUCAAAGAGAUUUUUUCAAACUUUACAAAAUCAUAGAGACCACAAAAUAUGAUAAAGAUGAUCCUCAAAGUUUGACAAUUGCUUUAAUGAAGCUUUGGUUGGGGUUUCCUAGUACCAUAAAGACAUAUUCAAAUCAUCCAAGCGAAAAAGUUCAUAAAGAAACAAACAAAGAAAACGAAGAUGAUACAAUUUCCAUACCACUUCAUGACAAAACAAAAAGGAAAUUCGUUGGUAAAUAUCUUGAUAUGGGCUUCUUUGAGAAAGAAUGUGACAACUCAAGCUCUUUGGAUCCAAUGGUCAUCUUUGAAAACUUAUACACUUAUGAAAAAUUGCACUUAAAUAGUCCAAUUAACAUUAUGUCGAAGUAUGACAUUCAAUCUCAAAUUUUGAAACUAAUAAUUCACCCAAUUGUCAAUUUAACCAAUAAUAUUGUCUAUGGAAAACCUUAUUUUAGUUAUCGUUUCCAAGUGCUGUCCAACAACUCCGUUAAUAAGCGCUGUGUUUAUCCUAAUAUAUUAAUAAUUACUGAUCAGAAGAACUCAACAGAAAUUAUCUUUAAAAUAGAAUCUGUUUUACCAAAGUCAAUAACUGAUGGAAAUUUGGAUUUGAUCCCUGGGUUUUCACAAUUAAAUCAACACAUGACACAUUCAAAAUGCAAUAAUGAAUAUAAAUAUAAAUUAUCUCCAGAAGACAAUACAAAUCCUGAUAAUUAUGAUGUCAAGAAUUCUAGAUCAGAAGAUGACGAUGAUGUAGAUCAUGAACUUAAGGACCACCUAGAGUUUAGAAAAAAAUUGUUAGAUAAUACAGAAUUACCAAAUCUUCAAGAUAUUUUUGAUGAGGUUUACAUACCAAAGGAAAGUAAAAAGCUGAAAAGAUUUUACAAAGUUAACAUUCCUGAUAAAAAACUACAAAAGCUUGAUGUUGGUAAUGGUAGGGAAGUUCAGACCAUAACAGUAAAGUCUGCCGUUUUCAAAUUGUAUUUCAGCCAUUGUUUUCAUAUAGAUGUUGAUGACUCAAAGUUAAGUUCAAUUUUAAAAAAAUGUAAGUCCAUACAAAUCAGGGCUUAUGAUCCUAUAAGAUAUUUAACAGAAGAUGAUUUAAAAGAAUAUAUUUAUCUAGAUUAUCCUAUUGAACAUGAUUUGUUGGAUAAUAUAUUUGAAAGUGAUUACAAGAAGUUAAAAAUUCUGAUUAUUGUUAUCCAUUGA